AUGGAAGAUAAGAGAUGGAGGAAUAUUUGGGAUUUAGAAGUUCCAGGAGUGGUCAAGUUGUUCUUAUGGAAAGCAGCAAAUAACUUGCUUCCCACCAAGAAGAACUUAUUUAAAAGGAAGGUAGUGCAGGAUCCAAGUUGUCCCAUCUGUUUUGCAGAAGAAGAAUCAGUUAUGCAUGCUCUUUGGGAGUGCAAAGCAGCAAACGAUAUAUGGGCUGAUGAGAGAAGCAUAGUACAGAAAUGGAUUUGUAAGGAGGCUAAUUUUAUGCAGCUGUGGGAGAAAUUGAUAGCAAGACUGAACAUGUCACAGCUUGAAGAGAUGAGACUUUCUUGCCCUAGGAAAAUCUUCACUUCAGCUAUAGCAGGACUUGAAGAGUACAGGAAUUCUCAAAGGGUUCAAAGGCAGGAUGUUCAUCCAUCAAGUGCAGACAAGAACAGACACAAAUGGCAGUUACUAGAGGCUGAUUUCGUGAAGGUUAACUGGGAUGCAUCAUUACAUUUAAAGAGGAAGAGAAUAGGAGUGGGAAUUAUGAUUAGAGACGCGAAGGGAGAGACAUUGGUAGCUGUUUGUGAUCAGAGGAAGCAUGUUCAAGAUCCAUCAGUGGCAGAAUGCCAUGCACUUUGGAAGGCAUUGGAGUUGUGUAAUGAGUUGAACAUUCAAAAGGUUAUGUUUAAAGGAGAUGUCAAGGCUAUUGUUUCAGCUGUUAACAGUGAGGAGGAGGAUCUGUCCAGUGUUGAUUUUUUAGUUGAUGAUAUACAUUCAAUGCUCAGAAACAUACCAAAUUGGUCUUUACAUUUUGCUUAUAGAGAAAAAAAAUAG